AACUAGUCAUGAUAACUGAAGUGGAAACAGUAGUAAAAUGAAGAGUUGAAAACAUUGCGAAAUAAUGAAAAUAUUAACGUUAUUUUUUUUGGCCAGUGCUCUACCAUGCAUACAUCCCAAUAUCCUUGACGCUAUCCCUAAGAUUGCCAAGGCCAUUGGUUACGACAUUAUUGACAAAGCAGGAGGGAACACCCGUUGUUCCAGCGAUUUAAAGGUCCUCUUGAAAGACUUAAUUCGAAGAAAGUUAUGGGUCAUCGAAAUGUUGGACGCCUCAGGAAAGAUCAACAGUGGCUUCCUGAAGGGCAACAUGUACGUGGUCGGCAAUUUUGACCAGUGCCUGAGUAUCCACGUGGAAAAAAACGAUACAGUCAUCGACGGACAGUACUGUACUGUUAUCUUACAACCCAGUUCGCGAUAUUCAAAUGACGCAACUGUCCUGUUGGAUACGACAGUUGCAUCUGACUAUCUCGGCAUAGAGCUAGGACCACAUGGUAAGGAGAUGAUAAAGAUGAUGAAGGUGACCUUUGGACUGUGCUUACCAGCGUCGUGUACCAUCGGGAACUUACAGUCCUUGUGGAAUCACAUGGAACACGUUUUUAGAGCUCCCGUUCAUUUAAGCUUCGAAGAUGUCCUGUGUAGAACUAAAGACAAACCCAUCGACCCCUAUCCAAUGGACGAAUACGUCAUUGUUGGAUUUGGUAUUUAUGGGUUCGUUUUGCUGCUUAGCACAUUGUACGAUAUAUUAAUCCAUCAGCAUGUAGAAGUUAAUGGUAUGCAGCAGGAGCAUCUUUUGACAGCAUUUUCUGUCUAUAGCAACUUGAAGAAGUUAUUCGCAUUUCCUAAAAGUUCGGAGGAAGGAAUCGGUUUGAAGUGCCUCAGCGGUAUCAAAGUCAUUAGCAUGUUGUGGAUCAUCUUUGGUCACAGGAUACUAUUAAAUAUAUUUUCACCGAAUAUCAACGCUAUGUCCGUGUUUGAGUGGUCAAAAAACAUCGAGAACACCCCGAUUAUGGCAACGUCCUUUUCCGUCGACACAUUUUUUGUUUUAAGUGGUCUUCUGUUGUCCUACGUUUAUUUAAAGAACCAGCAUUUGUUAAAGAGAACCGGCAUGCCUGUUACAUUGUUGUAUACGUAUAGACUGCUCCGAAUAUCUCCUGCACUGGCUGCCACAAUAUUGUUCUACAUCAGCAUUUUCAAAAAACUGGCAGACGGUCCUGCGUGGUCUUUAAUUUCACAGAAAGUUACAGGAAGCUGUUAUAAAUUCUGGUGGACUACGUUUUUUUUUGGUACAAACUUAGUUCCUAUGCAGUUACAGUGCAUAGAGCAGUCAUGGUAUUUGGCGGUGGACAGUCAACUGUAUUUCAUAUCGCCCAUAAUAUUGAAAAACUUGAUAAAAUUCCCAAAGAGGACAGUUUUAGCUUGCUUGGUAGCCUGUUUGGUUUCCGCAGUAUAUACCUACGUAAUAACUAUACAAAAUCACUACGGUGCUAUGUAUUACGAAGGAAAUAAGGAAUAUUACCACAGUAUCUAUCUACCAACUUUUGUCAGAAUGCCCGCAUGGCUGAUUGGAAUAGUUUUUGGGUAUUUCGUAGUAGCAUAUCAACAGAUUACUAUUCCAAAGUGUGUAAACGUGUUCGUAUGGUUGUUUUCAUUGGGCACAAUGGCCUUCAUCGUCCUAGUACACCUGGUAUUCGCGAGAAACCCCUAUGAUCCCUUCAGAUCUGCAGUAUUCAACGCUGCUGCUCGACCCAUGUGGGCGUUGUCUGUAGCUUUUAUUGUUUUUUUGUGCGUAAGCGGACAUGGUGGUGUAAUAGACAAGUUCCUGUCUCUACCAAUAUUUCAAGUAUUGGUGAGGUUGACGUAUAGUUCAUUUUUGGUCCACCUGGGAUUGUUGUUGUUUUUAAAAGGACGAGCAAAGACUGCGGGAUAUUUUUCUAAUUUAAAUUCGGUAUUGGACUUUACAGGAGACUUAUUUCUUACGUUUAUCUUGGCUACAGUGUGGUGUUUAGCCUUUGAAACUCCUUUCUUGAAUAUAAGUAAAAUCGCGAUGCAGAAAGGCAUGUCAAAUCUACAGGCGAAAAAGGCAAUAACACAGUAUAGGUCUCUGACGAAGAAGAUGAGGAAGAAAAAAAAUUACGUCGUUUGCGUCUACAGUUAUAAAGACAUCAAGUCGAAGAAAAAGAAUAGUCAGAAGAACAAUCUAAACUCAGCUUCAGAUUUUGUACGUAAUACUUUAUCAAAUCACAUGUUAACAGUUCCUCAAAGAAUGAAGUUCGCAGUUGUUGUUCUGGUGAUAUGUUCGCAAAAUGUGCAAGCCAUCACGCUCGACUCGAAUUUAACUAUACCAGAACCACUGCUCACCGAUAUAACAAACUUCCUUAUUGACAAUGUUGGUAAUCAAUCGAUCACCUUCGGAGACAUCCUGGUCUCUGACAUCAUGCAGGAGGCACUCAACACUUACGGUUACGCGGACGUUGCUGCUGCAAUAAUCAGUUUGGAUGAGACUUUGGGAUUAUUGAACCAGAUGGGUCAGCUGCAAUACGUUAUAGAUCAGCUUGCCGCUGUGGACGAUAUGUGCUUCCACCAGCUGCUUCUGUUUAUUGGUGCCUUGAACAGGUUGGACAUAUGGGCUCUGAAAAUGUUCGAUGCAACGGCAAAGAUCCAGUCGGGUAUCUUGGAAGGAAAUAUGAUGCACUUAGGAAACUUCGAUGAGUGCCUAAAAGUCGACGUGUUAGCUAAUGAAACUCAAAUAAACGGACAGUACUGUACAGCAUUUUUCUCCAACAUUGGAGAUAAACCGAUAAUGGCUGCUAUGGCGGAAGAUCCACUCCUAAUGAGGCAGUCAUACGGAUUUUGUGUACCGGCUGUGUGUAAUAGCUCGUCUUUAGAUGCAGUAUUUCGUUUAGUAGAAGAAGCUUUGCAGUCUCCACUUCAUGUUUACUUUGUUGACGACCUGUGUUUGUCAAACGUUAAAACGAAACCUUUUUCCACCAAGGCAGUAGUGGCGAUAAUAUUUUUUGCUGUAGUUGGACUUGUUGUAAUAUCCAGUACAGUGUACGAUAUAUAUUUUUUCAAGGAGCAAAAUCAUCAAGGACCCUGUUUACUUACGGCGUUUUCAUUUUAUACCAACGGACGAAAGUUACUUUCAACCAAAGCGUCUACAGACUCAGUGGCGUGCUUAAAUGGGAUAAGAGUUAUCAGUAUAAUGUGGAUUGUUCUGGGACAUCGAUAUAUGUAUUCGGCACUUUUGCCAUUGAUUAAUUUAGUGGACGUGACGGAGUUUCAAACGCUUCCAGCAAGUGGAAUAAUCAGCGGUGGGAAUUUGGCAGUAGAUACUUUUUUCGUUCUAAGCGGUUUGCUGUUGGUGUACGUUUAUCUUGUUCAUAAAGAAAAAGGGAAAACUACCCCGCUUGGAAUGUUCUAUGUACACAGAAUUUUAAGAUUAACUCCGGCCUUAGCUACACUAAUUUUAUUCUAUGCUACCCUUCUGGAAUACAUGGUGUCUGCGCCCUUUUGGCCUUCCCUCGCUGACAUACUACAGGGUGAAUGCGAACGGAACUGGUGGGUGACUCUGUUAUACGUUCAAAAUUUUGUGAAUUCUAAUGCAAUGUGUAUUCGACAUACUUGGUACCUCGCGGUGGACACCCAGCUAUACUUUCUGAGUCCCCUGCUGCUGAUUCCUCUGACGAAAUGGCCGAAAUUUGCUCUUUCGGUGGUGGGGAGCCUGAUAGUUGUCUGCUGUACUCUCGCGUUUAUCAUUAGUUGGGAGAAGAACUUCGGUCCGGCGUUUUUCAAUAUUAGCGAUGAGCAAAUGAAGUAUUUAUACAGUGCACCCCAUGUUCGUGCUCCCGCAUGGCUGGUGGGGUUCUUACUUGGAUAUAUUUUAUUCAAAAUGAGGAGUAGGCCGCUCAAAAUAAAUAAGACUGUGCAAAUUCUGCUGUGGUCAGCCUGUCUUGCAGUAAUAGCAGGGAUUUUGGCAUACCACAAACGAAUUGGGGACCUAUUUUUCGAUCCACAUCGUUUAGAAGCAGCUUUUAUCAACAGCGUACCGAAGUUGGUGUGGGCGAUAGUGAUCUCUAUUAUCAUUUUCUUAUGCGCCACAGGAUACGGAGGUUUCAUCAACAGGUUUCUGUCAAAUCCCAUAUUUACGGUGCUAAACCGUAUAAAUUACAACGUCUACUUACUUCACAUGUUGGUGCUUGAACUUUCUUUAGGACAAACAAAAACCCCAACAUACGCAUCUCACUUUGACUACGUUUACUAUUUUUGGGGUGACUACGUGUUCUCGUCACUUUUAGCUGUUGUGUGGACGCUAUGCUUCGAGUCGCCGAUUAUAGCUCUAGAAAGAUUGAUUUUCGCUAGACCGAAAUCAACUAAGCAAGUUCAGGAACUGUCGGGAAGCUAUAAUAAUGCCGUAAGCGUGGUGGUUAUUGAGAAUAAUUUAGAAAAUAAUGGAAAAUCGAACAUAUCGGCCGAAUGAGAAUUCAUCAAAUGGCAAAGUGUCCACCCAAGACUGAUUUACACUGCAGAAGGCAUUCGCUUAGAACUAGAACAUUAGACAUACUUUUAACCUUAAAUGUUCAUAAUUUAUAACAAGCUGUAAUAUCCACAGUGGAUAAUAAAGAUGUUUAUUUUUUUC